AUGAUCGAUGAUUUCGAAUGUGAUGAAUGUAAAGCAAAAAGAGUAACGGAAAAGAAAAUGGAGACUGAUGCGACAUCUAACAAUAACACAAAUUUCACUUGUCACAAUCAAUUUCAAUGUACAGUCGAUCGUAGUGUGCUACUCGAACAAAUCAAUGUUCCUGAGUUAACCGAUACAUUAUUUCAAUCAUCUUGUCAUGGAAAUCUUUCGACUCUAACCGAAAUUCUCACUGCGCCCACGAAAAAUGUCGAAAAUCUUCGUUAUGAAGCCGUUCAAUAUCACCAUUUAUUACAAGUACGAAACGAUCAGACACGAACAUGUUUAGAUCUCGCCGCCAUGCUCGGUCAUUCCGAAGUUGUCAAAUUAUUAGCAGAGAAAAGCACUGCAAUGACAACCGACGCAAUUAACUUAACCAACGGAGCUGGAUAUUCAUGUUUACAUCUCGCUUGUGCUUGGAAUCAAUUGGAAACAGUUAAAAGCAUUAUCAUAGCAGGCGGAGAUAUCAAUCAACAAACAACGAAUGGAGAAAAACCGAUAGAUGUUGCCCGACGGUAUCAUCAUGAUGAAUUAGUUGAAUAUCUCGAAUGGAUUGCGACAAGAAAUCAACUGACAUGUAUUAUCAACGAUGCGAAAGAUUUCAUCGGUGACCCGGCAAAAAAUUUAGACAAAUUAAAGAAAGAUGACAAAAAAAAAUUGGAGAAAUACACGAAGGAUACGUUGAAAUGGUCCGAAGAAAAUCAAACAAAUCCGAAUGCGCGUGAAUUAUUCACAAAUAAAAUUCGAGAAGCAGAAGAAUUCUUUGCUCCUUUCUAUGCAAAUGUUGCGUCAUUUUUAGCAGAAAUGGAUAUGAAUUCGACUCGACCAUCAUCGCGACCACCAAAAAGUGGAAGAAAAUAA